AUGUCUGACUACGGUGACCACGAUGUCGAGGACACUGGCUUCGACUACGAGCCCGCGGAGGAGUUUGAUGAAAAUGAGCCGGAAGACUUCAUCAACCCCGAAGACGUUGAGGGCGCCGAAGGCUAUGAAGGCGCUGGCGAAGAAGGAUAUGCGCAUGCGGCAAAUGGUGAAAGAACCGUGAUUUCCGGGGAUCCCAACGCAGGAUACGCCGGACGGAUCAUGGAACAGCACCGGGAGAAGAAGGUGCCCAACGACCAACGCACGACCACUCCUUACAUGACCAAAUAUGAAAGAGCGCGCGUGCUGGGUACGCGAGCGCUGCAGAUCAGCAUGAAUGCUCCCGUGCUCGUGGAUCUCGAGGGCGAGACGGAUCCUCUGCAGAUUGCGAUCAAAGAGCUUAAUCAGAAGAAGAUUCCGCUGAUCAUCAGAAGAUACCUGCCUGAUGGAUGGUACGAAGACUGGACCUGUGAGGAAUUGCUCUAA